CCUCCUACGUGUAGCUGUGAUUCUCUGAUUUAAUUGAAGCAUCGUUUGUACCAGCGUUAAACCAAACGCAGGCAUGUAUUCAUUAUAUUUCUGACACCAGGUAUGACGACGGCACAAACAACAACUCCCCGUCCUGACACCAACGUCACGUGUGAGGCGAACGUCGAUGAAAACGGCAACGAGGUCGAGUACUCCGUCAAGUGUGUGACGGUAAAGGAGGAUGUACGCGAUGCUGUGGUCGUCAUUACAAGGACGACAACCAAAGGCGUCGCCCGCCUCGACUACAGCGUUAACCCCAAAAGGGCCGCGAAUUUCCCCACAAUACAGAAACUGAAGGGUCGCGUGUUCUUUAAAGAUGGCGAGAUGACGGCGACCAUUAAAGUACCAGUCAAAAACAACAACAUGAAGGCACGGGUUGAUGAGGUUCACAUUGUUGAAAUCAGCAAGCCGACAACAGGAAAGGUAAAGAAGGGGAAGGCUGAGAUUGUCGUGCUGGAUGAUGACUGAGCUUUCAUCCAAUAAAUCAAUGCCACUU